GACCAUCCUGAGCAUACACUAUUUAUCACCACCCUUUGGUUACACCCCUUAAUUUUAAUGUCUAGUGCAGUGUUUCUCAAUCUAUUUUCUGUCAAGGCACCCUUUAAAGUUAUGGACAGUCCCGAGGCACCCUUUAAAAUUAUGGACAGUCUCGAGGCACCCCAUUCUAAAAUGGGGUGCCUCAAGACUGUCCAUAAUUUUAAUGAGGUACCCCAUUCUAAAAUGUGAAAAACUUUUCAAAUAGUUUUAUAUAACGUAGCAACAUCCACACAUGUAGGACACCCAACACUAGAUGUGA